AUGCUCGGCUCGACUCUCAUAACGGCCUUCUUGGCCGCGACGACAUCGGCGCACAUCCUCAUCUCGUACCCAGGAUCGCGAGGCAACAACCUCAUCACGAACGAGACCUUCCCCUACGGCAUGCAAUGGGAAUAUCCAUGCGGCGGCAUCCACACCACCAAGAACCGCACCUACUGGCCCACAACGGGCGGCGCAGUCGCCUUCCAACCGGGCUGGUUCCAGGGUCAUAUGACCGCCUUCAUCUACAUCAACCUCGGCUUCGGCACCGACGGACCCUUCGAAGGGCCCAAGAACAUGUCGAGCUCGAUGGUGCCGCCGUUCCAGCUCCUCGGUCCGUCGAACAACCCGUACCCGGGAACCAUCUGUCUGCCGCAGGUGCCUCUGCCUGCGGGCGCUCACGUGAAGGCGGGAGAUCUAGCGACGAUUCAGGUUGUCGAAUUGGCACAGCACGGAGCUGCUCUCUAUUCCUGCGUCGACAUCAUCUUUGCCGAUCCGGGCGACGCGCGCAUCGCAGAGGUCAACGAAUCGAACUGCUUCAACAGUCAGGAACUCGGCUUCGCCGACAUCUACACCAUUACCACGAGCGAGCCCACGAGGGACGAUGCGCUGGCGCAGACUUCGGGGGCGGGCGAGGAGACGGUGAGCUUUUGGUAUUGGGGGCGGAAUAAGAGGCAGUCUGCGUGGAGGUGGGUGGGGCUUGCGCCGUUGGUGCUGGGCGGGAUUGUGGUGUUUUUGUAG